UACAGAUAUUUGGAUCAAAUAACAUAGAUUCAGUAUGGAUCGAGCUGCAUAUAAAUUAUACUGCUACAAAUUGUAAUGAGUAACAAUAAAUCAUCCACACCUCGUAGCCCUGAUUCCACCGGCACCGGUUCUUGGUUUUCCGGCCUUUUUUCUGGCCGUGUGGAUACUCCAAAAACUCCUAAAAUUCCCAAUGAUCCGGUUGAACUCGCCGGAAAUUAUGUUGGCCCAGUUAACAAAAAGAAGCAGUUUCAGGGGGUUUUGUUUAAGUACGGUCCCAAACCAAUACAGGUUGCAUUUAAAACAGGCGACUAUAAACAACAAGUCAUAUUUAUUGGCGGUCUGACAGAUGGAUUUUUGGCUACUGAAUACUUAGAACCUCUUGCGGUUGCUCUUGACAAAGAGAAGUGGACCCUAGUCCAAUUUUUGCUUUCAUCUUCUUAUAGUGGGUAUGGCAUCUCAAGUUUGAAAGAAGAUGCCAUGGAGCUUGAUCAGUUGAUUAGUUACUUCAUUAAUAAAGAAGAUUCUGAGGGCGUGAUCUUGAUCGGACACAGUACUGGCUGUCAAGAUAUUGUAUAUUAUCUGCGUACAAAUUUCGCAUGCUCCAGAGCGGUCCGUGGAGCUAUUUUGCAGGCUCCAGUCAGUGAUCGAGAAUAUAAAGCAACUCUCCCUGAAACAGCUCCUAUGAUUGAUUUGGCCUCUAAGAUGAUUAGUGAAGGCCGGGGGUCUGAGUUAAUGCCCAGGGAAGCAAAUCCUGAUUCACCAAUAACUGCUUAUAGAUAUCAUUCUCUUUGUGCAUACAUGGGUGACGAUGACCUGUUCAGCUCUGACCUUAGCGAUGACCAGCUGAAACAGAGAUUAGGACACAUGUCAAACACACCGUGCCAGGUUUUGUUCUCUAUGGGUGAUGAAUACAUACCAGAUUAUGUAGACAAGAAAGCUUUGGCUGACAGAUUGUGUAGAGCAAUGGGUGGUGCAGAGAAAGUCGAGAUUGAAUAUGGAAACCACUCGCUGUCUAACAGAGUUGAAGAAGCUGUUCAAGCAAUAAUUGGAUUUCUAAAGAAAGAAGGACCCAGUGGGUGGGACGACCCCUGGAGCUAAACUCAUGUGGUCACUUCUUGUACCUCAAGCCAUUUUUUAAUCUUCUCUUGCUCAUAGCAUUUAAGUUGCGAUCCAUACAAAUUUAGUUGAUUUUUUCUGUAGGUUAGUUCUAGCUGCAGUUUUUGUCUAAUUUCAGCAGAGCUUCUAUGAAUUAUUAAAUAGUAAGAUAUUGAUUUUGGCACUUCAAAUAGCCAGAAAAUCCGGAGUAUUCAUAUGCAUGCAUUUAAACAGCACUCGUAAUGUGGCAAAAUAUUUACGCGGCAUCUUCAUGGUAAAUAUUUUGGGACCUUCCGCAUUACUGUUAUUGCUCUGUCAGUCUAGGAAUGUUAUACUAAUACAUCGGUUAGGCUGUCUGUUAUGUUUAGCAGAGACAUUUGGCAUUAUAUCUUAAGCAAGGCAUAUAAUAAUCC